AUGGCCACCGAUCCAUGUACAAGCCUAAAUGGAUGUCGAGUGGCGUUGCUGUCCUGUGGGCAGUAUGAUCCACCUUCUUACGCACACCUUAGGAUGUUUGAGCGUGCAAGGGAUUUUCUCAUGAGAACAAUGGGCUGCAAAGUAGUCGAGGGAAUCAUGAGUGUGGCGGGAGAUUCGCCUUCAACCCGAACACCUGCAAAACAUCGUUUACGAAUGGUCGAAACGGCAGUUAGGAAAAAUUUUUGGAUACGAGCCGGCAAUUACGAGUGCAACCAGCCAACUCCAGUACGACAGCUAGCUGUGCUCAAACAUUAUCAAAGGAAAAUUUCGCAAAAACACGAUGAGCCAAUUCGAAUGAUGUACAUUUGUGGCAGCGAAGUGCUUGAUGAGCUACUUGCCGUACAAGCAGAUGGUUGCUGUCUUUGGACUCAUGCCGAGAUCAAAGAAUUACUUCAAAAGAACGGGUUAAUAGUAUUGAAACGAGGACGGACGCAUCCCUCACAAACCAUAUACCUCACUGAUGUACUUAGGCAAUAUCAGAAAAAUAUCUAUGUGAUAGAAGACGAAACAUUCCCCAAUGAUCUCAGAUGUUCGAGGAUAAGAACCGCAAUACGUCGUGGCGAGUCUGUGAAGUACUGCUUGGACGAUGAUGUCAUCGAAUACAUACAUGAUCAUAACCUCUACCAAACAAGCACGGAUUCCGACAACGAACAGUGUACAUCGGCAUUGUCAACGAGUUCUGCACCAAAUCUGUAUUGCAGUAGUACUGCCUCCAGCAGUUCAAAGAAAAAUCAAGAUGACGAUAAAACCGUACCACCUGAACCACCACAGAGGAGCAGUUCGGAAGGACUGAGUGACAAGUACAAGAACAUAGUCCCAAUCCCCUCAGCCGAAUGGCGAACGCCGCCGUCGUCACAGCCUUCGUCUUCGGGUAGUUGUAGCAGCCGAGAGGCAUCGGUACCGAGACAGCUUCCCUUGAAGCCUCAAUCUGCUCGGGAGCCCCCACCUUCGUCCGCUGAGCGCUAUUCAGUCAAGUGGUCAGACACAACCACUGAAAUCGCCAUCAAAGCAUCGAGCGAGGAAGAAUCGAGCAAGCAAGGGCUUACAAACACAUCUGGGCAGCAGAAACAAAAGUUCGGGGCGAGCCACACAUCUUCAAGCUCGUCGGGCAAACAGUCAUCCCCGUCAGCUUUUGCGCUUUGUCCCAAAACCGCAGAAAAGGACGCAAAUGCGGACGACGAAGACAUCAAGGGGAUUCCUCCAGAACUGCCGAAAGCUGCUUUUAUGAAGCCGAUCUUGAGCCAGCCGCAACCAGCAGCGGAUUCCCCGUUGUUUCUUGGCAAAGCUACGGACUGCGAUGAGAUUCCAAACUGCGUCAUCUCGACAGUGACGUCGGAUGCAAAAGGAAAGCUGAGAGGACUGGCUGAAAGUCCAACUUAUGACAAUGUGACGCUAGAUGAUCUUCUGGCUGCCAGCACAUCGUGGGCCGAGUAUUUGCACAAAGAAAGCGAAAGGAUUGGAGGCAUGGCAGGCGAAGAGUGCAAAGAAUCCGUGGUACCAAAUGACCCGCCUCCAAGCAAAGAAUCGUCGUCGAGAGAAGAGAAGAAAAAGCGCGGAUGGUUUUUCAAUCGCAGCAAAAGUUUGAAGGAUCUGAAACCCCAACCAGAGGAGGAGUCUUUGGUGCGGAUUUGCACUACAGACCGAAGGGAACAACCGCUAACAUCUCCCGAGAUACUUUGGAGGCGGAUCAACCAAAAACCAGAGAAAGAGAGAUGGUCCGAUUUGGCUUCAUCGCCGCGACCACAAUGUCCACGACAUCCCGAUAAGAAACUUAUGCCCAUAGAUCCCCGUAAAGAUCCACGGACAUCUCGUUCCAUGGCAAAAUCAGCCGAGAGCAUGCAUACAACCCGUCCAACAGCAAAUGGCGGGGUUCCUGGUGGUCCCAUGCCCACUGGGCUUACUAUGUCGCAAUCUCACAACGAGGGAGUAACCUCCUCACCUGAAGACGGUGUAACGCUACGUUUUCGACGAUAUAAACUCAGCUCGACACCGGAAACUACCGUAUAG